AUGUUCUUCUGGCCUAAGCUGUUGGCUAUGGCGCUUGCAGUCGCUGGCAGCGUGGAGCAUUACAUGGCUCUAUACUUGUGGCACAUUCCUUCACUCAACUUGUUUGCCAUUGGAAUGCUCAUUGCGCUUGUCAUGGUUGUUCGACUUUUGGCGUCCACUGUACUCAUUUGGUUCGUCGAUCGCUCAUAUCCUGCUGUACACCUCCAUAUGCUAUUAGCAUUAACCAUCGUCGGCACUAUUGCUCUGCUGGGUGUAUUCAACAUGUCCUCCUUUGAUACUUACUGGAUCAUGAUAUUGACACUUUGCUUGAUGCUCGCCAAUGGACUCUUCUUUCAACCACUCGCAUCUCUCGUCGAUAGCGCCAUCAUUAAAUCAUUGGGAGAUUACAAGAUUUGGCUCUACGAUGGUGAACUACAAUGGGCCAAAGUUACCUCGGCCGUAUCACUCAUGGGCAUUGGAUGUGCAAGCUACUGGUGGUUUGGUGAUGAUUUGAAUCGAUGGCUAUUGUCUUGCACGUUAUUGAUGGGAUCCUUCGGGAUGUGUGUGGUGCUACUGUUUAUGCAUCACUAUGGGCUUGGGCAACUCGAAUGCAUGGACGACAAUGAAGAAAAUCCAGUAAUGGCGCCUCGAUUCCUCAAGAAUGCAGUGCUUUUCCCCCAUUGUGAUAUUCCAUACAAGCCUUACAGCUUAUUUGGCGAGCCUUUAUCUCAUAUUUCGGAAGAAGAUGCAAGUGCUUUGCAAAGGAUGACUAGCAGUAAUACAACAGCACAACUCAUGCGUCACAACAGCAACCACUCGGUCAAUUCUACCUCGACAACAGCAUCCGCAGCUGCUCUUGCUGCCAGUGGCAGUGUCCCGAUUACCAUGUAUGGGAGUACAAAUACAACAAUGACAUCCACAAGCCAGGCUCUCGACUUGUUUUGGCAUCGACGAAAUAGUCUCUUCUAUCAACAACAGCAACAACAAUACCAACAACAAUCGUUGCCACCCAACACAAAUACAGCCAUGGCCAGCGAUCUUUGUUCCUCAGCAGAACUUUCUUUGUUACCUUUACCGCCACAUGAUACUUCCAUGUCCGUAUUACUACUAUUACAAAAUAUGCCAGCACAGCUUGUGGCCAGCCCAACAGAUGCGAUGAUUCAAUGGCAGAUCCAAAGCAUGUCCCUCACAACAUUGAUACUUGGGAUUGUCCAUGGAAUGAUGAACCCGAUGCUUUUCAUUUAUCUCUAUGAUGUACUUGAUCUUUCAAUGUGGGUGGUUGGCAUGGCUGCAAUGAUCCCCGUUCUCGCUGAUAUUAUCGUUCAUGCAAGUGCACGCUGGUGGGUCCCUAAGCUUACACCAACAACAACAGCAACGGCGGUGCACGCUAUUCUUAUUGUUUGUGCGUUUUCCUAUACUUGGCUUAGCGAAGAAUGGUCGAUAUUAUGGUUAGCUGUGGGCAUCUUGCAAGCACUCCAAGGAUUAGCGUUUCAUCUGAUAUGGUUGGCCAUUGUGCACCGGGUCAGUGCGUUGCUCUGGACUGAGGAGGAAUCCUUUCGUAUAGCACAGGUGGGAAAACUUUCAGCGUUGUACAGCAGUAUUGGUCCAGCGAUCGGGGUCCUCUUGGCCGGUUUUCUGCUAUCGGGUAAUGUAACAGACGUUGGCAGUAGCAACAGCAACAUGACAACAGCCAUGCUUCGAGAAGGUUUCACCCUGGCUUAUCGAUGUGCAAUUGCAUUGACUGCUGCCAGUUUCGUUGCUUCAUGGGGCUGGUCAACAACAAGUUAA